CUAACAUUAAAGCAAAAUAUUAUGAAUAUAAAUAUAGGAUACUGAAGGUAAAUUUUGCCGAUAACCAUGGCGAUGGAUGUAAUUUUGCGAACAACAAUGAUUUUGCUCAAUUAGACAAAUGA